AUGAAUUUCCAAACGGCUCAGCGAUGUCUGAAGCUCGCAGCAGACGUCGCAGCUGGGACUGAAAGCUAUUCACUAGAAAAGGAUUCGCGCGAUACAGUGGGUGGAGAAGGAGAUAUUCCCAUGACUCAAAUUCCUGACGAUUCCAGCGGUAACGUUUUGCUCAGUACACAAAUACAAAGCAAGCUAGACGAUUUACAGCUGAAAGACGGGCUACGCAAGGACUUGUCUCAAUUUGCACUGGAUACACCUCUUCCAGCAGCUUUGGAGACGAGCAUAAGCAGCAGAACUGCGAAAAAGGGUAAUGUGUCUAGUAAUCAGCGUCCUAGCAAAAGGCGCAAGAAAAACUCGACGCAGGUAAAAAGCUUAACGCAAUACAAGACCCAAAAUUACGAAUCGAUCAAGAGCCAGCAACGGAAACGCCACGUCAUGUCUGUUCUGUCCGGGAAAAAAGGCAAAUUGAAGGACCUUUUGGACUGUGUCGAUUCUGAAUUUGCUCCUGUCGGCACGUCAGCGCAAAGACGGCCUUCAUUUUCCACCUUCAACGCUCAAGAAUGGUCCAAUAUUCUCGACCUUUUGAGUUCCCGGUUUCCUCGCUGUCCGCCGUCCCAGGUCGACGCUGUCUUUGACUAUCUGUACGGUGAUGAACAGGACGAAUCGCAUGUCUGGUACGGCUCCCAGCUGCCGCCAGCUGGCUCUCAAAAACAGAGUGAGCAGUCUGGCAAGGGACCUGGUUUACCGGCUGCUGAGUCUCCGUUGGCGCUUACUCUUUCCCAGGCUGUCGAAGAAAAUUCCAGCACUCUGUCACCUUGUGAUUCGUUAUCUCGUAUUCCCAAUACCACGGACGAAUCGGACUUCGAAAUAUCCAUUGAUCAGGAGGCAGCACAAAUUUUCAAAGAGCAGAUGUUGCGUUCACCUCCAGUGUGCCCCUCAAGACUAGCGUCCUUUCCUUUUGCUAAGGAGCCACUAAUUGAACCUUUGCAAUUGAGCAUGUCUACAAGAGCUCCCGAAAUCGGACAGCUAUCGAUCGCUAAACCCCAUCAAACUUCAACAGGUGCCGUUGGGCCUUCGAGCACGAUUUUUGCAUCUCCACCAAAGCUAGCUGGACGAGAUCAACUCAUAGAUUUGACGCAAAACUCGUUUCACGUCGUCACUUCCCUGUUGUCGGUUGUGAAACCCGAUCUCCAGGUCCCUAUGACCAGAACAACCACUUGGAAUGAUAAUCCUGUUUUUCCUCGACCCGCUUCAACAAGCUUGUUGUUUCGAAAGUAUGAAAAUGUCGACCUUACAGCCGUCUUUGCCUCUGUCAGAGGCGUCACGCACAUUCGUUGGGAAGCUCUCGAGUCCUCCUACAAUGAUAGCGAAGAGGAAGAGGGACAAGAAGGUACUUACGACUUGCUACGUGCUAACGUCGGCUUUGCUGUGUCACGAUCCCCUACUCGUGCUGAUAAAAUAGUCUCAGCAACGACCACUCGAGAAAAUACAGUGUUUUCUGGCUCCACCCAACCCACGGACGCACAGCCCCCCGAACGGCCGGCUUCUUUGCCUGCUUCUAUGCCUCUUUCUGCUAAGGAGCUUCGGCACAGUUUAAAGUCAAUUGGCUUUAAACCUAAGCGCACGCGAUCUGGUAUGCUUCAGCAAAUGGAGUCGGCAUCUCAAACAUUUAUCGGGGAAUCCCACGAACAGCAACGCCAGGAGAUCUAUCAUCAGCUGACGGCUAUCGUUGAAGCUAACACUCGACUUUUGGAAAAAGUAUACACCUUUGAGCCCUUGGUUUUUCCAGACCUGCUACAAUAUCUAAUCGAGCAAAAUCCACUUAUUGCCGACCUUGAGGAAACAACCAUAAGAAGUUGGGCAGAUUGUAUGGGAAUAUGUUUGAGGAAUCCUGCAGACACCAAGUCUACCAUGUAG